GUACGGUGCGACGUCUCUGGGAGCGUAAGUGGGAUUCACUUGACAACUGACUACCAAAUAGGAGGUAAUUUCAGCAACAUGAACUUCUCCCUCCUUCCGAACCUCACUUCUCUGCAACUCUUUUACACCGGACUGGUCGGCGAAAUCCCCCUUCAAAUAUAUACUUUGUCAAGACUAAGUUACCUUGACUUGUCCUACAAUUUUCUCACCGGUGAGUUGCCUCCCUUUGUCCAAAACCUCACCAGUCUUCAAGUACUCUGUAUCAGUCACAAUCACAUCAGUGGCUCUAUCCCUCUUGAGAUGGGAAACCUGAUGAGAUUGACCCAUUUGGAUCUCGAGUUCAAUGUCUUACUGGCGCAAUCCCUCCGACUGUUGGUUGCUUGCACAAUUUACAGUCCCUCAGAUUUAGUUCAAACAAAUUAGGUGGCUCUAUCCCUCUAGAACUAGGGAACCUCGCAGAAGCUGAUGAAGUUGAUUUAAGUAGCAACAACUUCACUGGUCCCAUUCCAUCGUCUAUAGGGAAUCUGAGGAGCUUGACCUAUCUUUAUUUGCAAAAAAACAAACUCGGUGGAUCUAUUCCUCCGGAAAUAGGGAAUUUGACGAGCUUGAUACAUCUCUAUUUGCAAGAAAGCAAACUUGGUGGAUCUAUUCCUUCGGAAAUCGGGAAUUUGGCGAACUUGACUGAUCUCUAUUUGCAAGGAAACAAACUCAAUGGAUCUAUUCCGUUGGAAAUAGGCAAUUUAGAGAGUUUGAUCUUGCUGAACUUACAGGAAAAUAGAUUUGAUUGGGCCAUCCCAUCAAAAAUAGGAGAUUUAAAGAAUCUCGAACGGCUAAAUUUGAGCUUGAACAACUUGGUUGGGAAAAUCCAUCUCGAACUUGGGAACCUCAGAUAUAUGCAGGAUCUUGAUUUAAGUCGUAACAACUUUACUGGUCCCAUUCCGUCGGCUAUCGGGAAAUUGAUGGGGUUGACUUAUCUCUAUUUGCAAGAAAACAAGUUCGAUGGAUCUAUUCCUCCAGAAAUAGGGAAUUUGAUGGGUUUGACUAAUCUUCUUUUGCAACAAAACAAACUCAAUGGAUCUAUUCCGUCAAAAAUAGGCAAUGUGAAGAGCUUGAGCAUGCUGAAUUUACGGGAAAAUAGACUUGAUGGUGUCAUCCCAUCGAAAAUAGGAGAUUUAAGGAAUCUCGGGCUUCUAGAUUUGAGCUCGAGCAACUUGAUCGGGAAAAUCCCCGUUGAACUUGAGAAUUUGACCUCGUUAAUCUAUCUCGAUCUUCACAACAAUUCUCUUUCUGGCUCAAUUCCCACAUUUAAAAACAAUUCUCACUUAGUUCGCCUUGACUUAUCAUACAAUCAUCUCAAAGGCCCAAUCCCAGAUAAUCUCAGGGCUGCUUUUCCUUACACCUCUUUUAUGGGCAACGAAGCCCACAGAAGGUCUAGCGUUAUUCAUUACACGAGGAUGUUCGUUCUGCUGGCUACAAUACUCAUUUCCUGUGUAGUUCUUGGAUCGUGCUUCCUAUUUCGACAUGCCACAAAGAGCGUGCAAUCAGAGACUACAGAGAAAAAUGGAAAUUUCUUGUCAAUAUGGAAUUAUGACGGGAGGAUUACAUAUGAAGACAUAAUAAAUGCAACAGAGGACUUUGACAUCAAAUAUUGCAUUGGGACCGGCGGUUAUGGUAGUGUCUAUAGAGCGCAGUUGCCCAAUGGGAAAGUUGUGGCACUGAAGAAGCUUCACCACUUUGAAGCAGAGGACCCGUCCUUCAACAAGAGCUUUCGGAAUGAAGUGAAACAUUUGACAGAAGUACGGCAUAGAAGCAUCAUCAAGCUCCAUGGUUUCUGUUUACACAGGCGAUGCAUGUUCUUGAUUUAUGAGUACAUGGAAAGGGGGAGUCUAUUCCAUGCUUUGAGGGAUGAUGUCACGGUGGUGGAAUUAGAUUGGUCCAAAAGAGUCGAUCUCGUCCGAGACACGGCACAUGCUUUGUCUUACAUGCACCAUGACUGUGCUCAGCCAAUUGUUCAUCGAGACAUAUCUAGCAACAUUAUCUUACUCAACAGCAAAAUGCAGGCUUUUGUAUCAAUUUUUGGCACCGCAAGACUUCUGGAUCUUGAUUCCUCAUCUAAUCUCACUGCAAAUAUGGCUGGCACCUAUGGAUAUAUUGCACCAGAGCUCGCGUAUGCUAUGGUCGUCAAUGAGAAACGCGAUGUGUAUAGUUUUGGAGUGGUAGCAAUGGAAACCAUGAUGGGUGAACAUCCAGCAGAUGUCGUAUCUGUGUUGUUGACACCCUUCGGAGAAAAUAUCAUGCUACAUAAAAUCUUAGACCCGCGGUUGCCUUAUCCAAGGGAGAACUCCGUUGCAAGAAGUAUUGUUCUGAUAAUUUCUCUGGCACUUGCUUGUUUGAGUGCUAAUCCAAAGUCUCGACCAACUAUGAAGCGAGUCUCGGAAGCCUUUGUAGCUCCAAAGUUACCAUUGGCGAAGCCCUUCCAUGAGAUCUCAUUGGCUCAGCUCCGAGAUUAUAACAGAUCAUGGUUGGAAGGCGGAUCCACAGAAGCUUCAUCAGGACUGAGCGAUGAGGAAGGGUCAUGAAGUGCUUGUCCAGUAAAGAGAUAGAUUGCUAAAAUGAAGCUGCAAUUUGGUGAAAGUGAUCGAGGACAUAGAAGUGUAUGGCUUCUGCAAAUCAUUGAGUCAUGUUAAACUUCUUACCAUACGAUGCUAUAGGAGCGAGAAGCAGUUUACAUAGGACAUCCGUUUAUUUUUCGUCUUUUCAGUAAUAUUGAAAUGUAUUAUCGAUAAUAAUGUAUUAAGAAAUAAUGUGACCCACACUAGACUGUUGAAGAAUUAUCCCACAUCGAUUGACAA